UGAUGGGUAUAAAAGACGGCUGAAAUUCUAUAAGCUAUUACAAUCCUUGUGUAGUAUCCAAUCGAGAUAGACAUCUACAAAAUGUUCCGCUACGGCCUUUUAUUGCUGAUCGCUUGCAGCGUCGCUGCAGUUGCUGCGGAAGAGUGGAAUGUCGAAGACAGACAACUGGCAUGUGCUGGAACUUUGGUCACCAACGCUGAUGGAACACGAUCAUGUGUCACGCAAAUCGGUGUCUCUUCCACUGGCUACCCCAUCUACAAAGUUACCAACCAAAACACUGGAGUCACCACUUACGUCACACAGACCGGAGUCAGCCCUACUGGCCAGCCCAUCUUCAACACCUCCAACACUUACCCGAUGACCAACUACGUCAACACCUGCACCGGCACACUGGUGACUAAUAGCGACGGCACUCGAUCCUGCGUUACCCAAGUCGGCACAUCCAGCCUCGGCUACCCCAUUAACACCGUGACCAACUUGAACACUGGUGUCACCAGCUACGUCACACAAACCGGCGUGAACGCAUCCGGCCAACCGGCUUACAGCGUGACUCCUACCUAUCCCGCCAGCACCACCACUGCUGCCACUACCUGCGCUGGUACCACUGUGACCAACAGCGAUGGCACUCGAUCCUGCGUGACUCAAGUUGGAACCUCCAACACCGGCUAUCCCAUUAACCAAGUCACCAACUUGAACACUGGCGUUACCAGUUACGUGACACAGACCGGCUACAAUGCUUAUGGCCAGCCCGUUUACAGCGUGACUAGCACCUAUCCCAUGACCACCUACGUCAACACCUGCACGGGCACUUUGGUGACAAACAGCGACGGCACAACUUCCUGCGUGACCCAAGUCGGAACCUCGAGCCUCGGCUACCCCAUUUACGCUGUGACUAACUUGAACACCGGAACCACCACUUACGUGACACAGACUGGCGUGAGCUCCACUGGCACGGCUGUCUACAGCACCUCCCCAACCUAUACUUGCGGAACCACCAGCUCCGUGACUACUUGCUCUGGAACACUCGUCACCAACAGCGAUGGCACUCGAUCCUGCGUCGUCCAAGUCGGAACUUCGAGCACUGGUUACCCCAUCUACCAGGUCACCAACCUCAACACUGGAGUGACCACUUACGUCCAGCAAGUUGGUGUCAGUUCAACUGGCACGGCCGUCUACAGCACCACCAGCGUCUACCCCGUCAACACCAGCUACACCUGCGCAGGUACUUUGGUGACCAACAGCGACGGCACCAAGUCGUGCGUGACUCAGGUUGGAACCUCUGUCAACGGCUAUCCCAUUUACCAAGUCACCAACUUGAACACGGGCAUCACCAGCUACGUUGAACAGACCGGCAUCAGCUCAACUGGCCAGCCCGUCUACAGCGUCACUCCUUACUUCCCCACUGGUUCUCUUGCUACCACCACGGUUGCCACUACCACGGCUGCUCCCGUAACAACUGUUGCUCCCGUAACAACUGUUGCUCCCGUAACAACGGCUGCUCCUGUACCUACAGCUGCUCCCGUAACUACUGUUGCUCCCGUAACUACUGCUGCACCCGUGCCCAAUCCUUUCGUUUACUAAGUACCCGAUUAUCCCCAGCCUUUAAAGGAAUAACAGUUAAUAACAAACAUGCGCCAUCGACCUGAUGCGAUUUACUUGCAUCAUGCAAAUCGUGCUGAAGUAUUGACUUUCAUACUUUGAGGUUCCCUGCUGUCAAGGUGAUGGAAUAUAAAUGGUUAAAACGCCAAAAUAUACAGAAUUAUCAUGCAA